AUGAGCACAGCCUGGUGCCUCUCCCUGCUCUUCCUCACCCUUCCUGUGGCCCUGGUGGCUGACAUAGACCCAGGGGAGAAUGAAGUGAUGGUGUUGAAGAACUUUAAACCCAUCGACGCCUCACACUCCACCGUGAAACAGUGUCUGUGGUUUGCCAUGCGACAGUACAACAGAGAGAGUGAGGACAAGUAUCUCUUCAUGGUGAACAACGUACUGCAGGCCCAGCUGCGGAUCACACAUUGUCUGGAAUACAUUAUUGAUGUUGAAAUCAUGCGCAGCAAUUGCAAAAAGAUUUCGAGCAAUGAUGAAAACUGUGUCAUUCAAGAGAACUCCAGGAUGAAAAAGAAACAAAGUUGCAGCUUUUUGGUAGAAACGCUCCCCUGGAAUGGUGAAUUCAAGUUGAUAAAGAAACAGUGUGAAGAUAUCUGA